AUGGCCUCCGUCACUGCUGACUACAAGCUCUUCACGCCGCUCAAGCUCGGCGACGACCUCGAGCUGAAGAACCGCAUCGUGUUCGGCCCGCUCAGCCGUGGUCGUGCCAAUGCUGACCGCGUGCCUUCCGAGAACAACGAGAUCUACUACGAGCAGCGCGCAGGUGCCGGUCUGAUCAUCUCGGAAGCCACCGGCAUCUCCGAGCAGGGCUACGGCUGGUACAAUGCCGCAGCCUGCUACAAUGACGCCCACGUGAAAGGCUGGAAGCGCGUGACCGAGCGCGUACACAAGAAGGGCGGCAAAAUCUUCAUGCAGAUGUGGCAUAUGGGUCGUCAGAGCCACUCGAGUUUCAAUCCAAAGGGCGAGAUCGUGUCCGCUUCGGCACUGCGUCUUGAACGUGGCCACACGCGUGAUGCGAACUACCAAUCGCAGGACUACGAGACUCCACGUGCACUCGAGACGGAUGAGAUCCCCGGUGUGGUAGAGUCGUACCGUCACGGUGCCGAGUUGGCGCUCAAAGCGGGUUUUGACGGUGUGGAGAUCCACGGUGCCAAUGGCUAUCUGGUCGACCAGUUCUUGCAGUCGGUCACUAACAAACGUACGGACAAAUACGGCGGCUCGUUCGAGAACCGUGCGCGUCUUCUGAUGGAGAUCGUGGAAGCUGUGAAGACAGCCGUGCCGGCGCAUCGUAUCGGUGUUCGUCUUGCGCCUAACGGUGCAUUUGCUGGCAUGGGCAGCGAGGACAACUACGAGAUGUUCAAGUACACGAUGGAGCGUCUGAGUACAUACGGCCUGGGGUAUCUUGCCAUUCUGGACGGCUUCGGCUUCGGCUACACGGACAAGUGCCGUCUCACCACUGCGCUCGAUGCCAAGACGGCAUUCAAGGGCAUCGUCAUGGCCAACAACAACUACACUCGCGAUCUUGCUGAAGGCGCAAUUCGCACUGGAACAGUGGACAUGGUGGGAUUCGGACGCCUGUACAUCUCGAACCCGGACCUGGCUGAACGCUUCCAGAACGACUGGCCCGUGACGCCAGAGGCUGGACACGAGGUGUACUACAACUCGGCGCUGGGCGGCAAGGGCUACAACGACUUCCCCACUUAUCAGCCAAGUCCUUAG